CCUUUUUCGCUGAGUGGUGUUGGGGAAUAUUCUCUAGGUCCACCCUGGAACCACUACUGAGUAAAUGAGUGAAUAUCUAGGACUCUACAUUAGUAGUGUUUGCGUUUAUAGCCCUAAGCUGUAAUAUCUCCUCGAACGCACCUAUAAUACAUAAUUAUUUGGCAAGGAAGUUUCAUACAUCAGAUUAACAUCAAAGUAAUUAUCUGUGGAAAAAUAAGAAGAAACGAUUAUCGUCACAUGUCAACGACCAGCAUGCCACAUGAUUUGAAGUCAGCUCGAAUAAUUAAGAAGCACAAUAUGAAAAAAGCUAUAGAACUUAUCAUAAAAAGUAACACUAAAACAAAAAGACAUAAAGAAAAUCAAGUUGCAAGCAAUAGCAAAAUUACUUUUUACUGCAAAAGCUUUCAGAAUAACAAGAAAAAAAGACGGAUGUCAAUCGUAGGAUUUUCCAAAAGUUUAGCAUUGUCGGAAAUGCAAAUGUAUAUUGCACGUCAAGACUGGAAGCAUGCAUUAAAUUUAUUUCCUAAACUUCUCGAGUAUCCUAAUGAUUUAGAGCCCCUUGUGUGGAAAUAUGCAUUUAUAAUUUUACUGCACAUGAACGAUCCAUCACAUCUCUGUGAAUUUUUCGAACAAUGCAUUGGUACUCAUAGUUCAUGUAACAGUAUAUUGUUGGAGAAGUUGCUGUCAUUACCACUUCAGGAAAAUAAUUGAUCUUGAAAUAAAAUAUAUAUUGACGUAUUUAUGGUAAGUUUGUAUAUAUAGUAUUUGUUACAUACAAAUCUUUGUACAAUAAUUGUUUUAUGUCUGAUUAGACUAACUGCUAUUAUGUAUGUUUUUCAUUUCUUGUAACAGUGCAUCGAUUAUUUAUACACAAACACAUUCAGUAUGAAAGCAAUAAAAUUAUAUGUUGUAUACAAAGAUAUUUCUGUUUUUACUUGCUUUCGUAUUAUGUUCGAAACAUCAUGUUUCAUUCCAUAUCUACCACUUUUUACAUUACCAACUACUUUUAUUUAUAAUUUGCCAAUGAUUCUAUGAGAAAAGUAAUGCGACGUUAAUGGUAUAACGAUGACGAUGAUGAUAAUGAUUUAAUUAUAGCAUUAAUAUUACAUAUAAUUAUUAUCAAUAUGUGACACACACACACGCGCACACACACAUAUAUUAAUAGUAAUUAUAGAUAAUAUUAGUGCUAUAUAUAUAUAUACAUACAGGUUGUUUAAAAAGUGCCUCGACAUGGCAAGAUAUCUUAAAAACAAAGUUUUCGAGAGAAAUGUUUGAAAAAAUCUUAAAAUUUCGAGAGAUCCAUAUAACGAUAUUAUUCUAGUAUAUGUCCUGCUCCCUUGGGGGGAAUUUGGAAAGUUGGGGAAGAAUUUUAAAUAGGGAGUUAAGUAGCACUCUUGGAAAAAAAAAAGUCUAAAAUAUUUUUGUUUUUCACAAAUAUCUUUGGGGAUAUUCGAGAUAGUUGUUUCAAAUCAGAGGUGUACGAUAAGUUGCGAGACGUUCAAGUACUUCAUAAAAAAUACAUUUUUGAAUAAAUAUUUUCUUAAAGAGUUGUCAAAUUUCCGUUAAAUAGAACUUUUAAAACUUGACAAUUUUUGCUUCAAAUAUUUCUUUCACAAAUACUUGGCUUACAAGAUAUCCUGUCGGGAUAUUUCGACAUUCUCGGGAUUCGAGAUAUUCCGACAUUUUUUUAACAUUCUGUAUAAUAAUGACGGCUAUUAAUACAUAUUUACAAAUAUAGUUUGAUUAUUUGUUCGAACUGUUGAUACUAUUGUAUUGUUAUAUAGUAUAAUUGCCUUGAAUAAUUUUUAUAAAGAAAAUAAUUUUCAUUUCAGAAUAAAAUUAAAAAAAAUUUUUUUUAAUUCAUAAGGAAAAAUUUACUUGUUGGAACUAAUAAUGUUGUAUUUUUAGUUUCGUUCACGGUUUCCAAUAAUUUCAUUUACAAGGCAUGUGUUUUCAUAUGUGAAAACAAGCCAGUCAUAUCAAGACUAUUAAAAAAAAAAAAA